AUGACUGAUCUAACAUCCAACCCAGCGUUAGACAAUACGAAAUGUGGUGGAAGGUUUACUGCUCCUCAAGGAGUUAUCCAUACCAGUAAUUAUCCCAAAAAUUAUGAUUCCAACAGUUCUUGCAUGUGGUAUAUUGAAAUAGCAGAGACUCAUUUAGUUAACCUUACAUUCGUUGACUUCAGUACUCGGAGUUUUCCAACACGAAAUAGAGAUAAAGUUUUAGUUUAUGACGGCGAUAUCCAUGGAAAACUACUCCUUAACCACUCUGGAAAUAGCAUACCACCACCGGUCAUAUCUUCAUCUAAUAAACUCAUGGUAUCAUUUGAAGUAGGCAAUCAUGACUUACGAGCGAAAGGGUUUAAAGCAAUAUAUUCGACGGCUUGUGGUGCAAAAUUAAUAACAAAUACUUCGGGGAUUAUCACAAAUAACCCAUCAUUAACGAAUAGUUUAAACGAGAACUGUACUUGGACAAUUAUAUCUGAUACCCUUCAGUCAAAAGUCACAUUAACUUUUACGCAUAUUGAUAUAGUGCAUCCUUUAGAAAAUAGUGUGGUGGGGACCACAAAUAAUACUAAUGUGCAGUGUUCUGGUGGUUUAUUUCACACAAUAUUUCGAAUUUUGGAUGGCCCAGAUUCGGAUGCACCUGAAAUAUUAAAGUUUUGUAAAUCAAAUCCGAUACCACCACCUAUUAUCAGUAAUGGACCGGCUAUGCGUAUAGAGUUCACAGAUAACUCUGGUGCGUUGGAUUCGUUUACAGCUCUGUAUUCUGUAAGAUCAGUAGCAUGUGGUGGAACGUAUGACUCCAUAAGAGGAACGAUUUCUUCACCCAACUAUCCAAAUAAUUAUUUUAGAGAUUCAGAAUGUGUUUGGAUAUUAAAGUCCUCUGUUGGAAAUCUCGUGUCUUUGAAUUUUAUUGCUUUUGAAUUAGAAGAUGACGAGUUUUGCAAUGAAGAUUAUGUAGAAGUUAGAGAAGGGGAUUCUAUCGGUCCAGUCUUAGGUAUUUUUUGUGGCACAAAUUUUCCAUCUAAUGUUACUUCAAGUUCAACACUUUGGGUCAAAUUUCGUUCCAAUUCUGACGGCUCAGCUAAAGGAUUUACAGCAGAUUUUAAAUAUGCAUCUGAAAUUGAGUUGACAAAACAAUCUGGAGAAAUCUCUAGUCCAAUGUAUCCGAAACCAUACAGAGAUAGUGAUGAUUAUUCAUGGACAAUAACUGUAGACCAAAAAAAACAAGUUCAAAUUGUAAUAAAAGAGUUUAUGACUACCUCAAAAAUUCAUAGUUUAAAAAUUUAUGACGGAAGUAAUGUCAAUGCAUUAGUUUUGUAUGAACGAAGCUAUACAAAUUUUAAUACAGUAUUUAAUGAAACUAUAAUAUCAACCGACAAUACUGUAUACAUAAAAUUGACAGCUGGUAGUAGACAGGUUGGAGGUAUAUACUUUUUACUGUAUUGGACAAAUGUGGAUGCGCAAUUUUCUAAGAAACCACUCUUCGUGUAUGAUGUUAAAUAUAACAAAUCGAGUUAUGAUUAUUUUUUAUCACCAAGCUCCAAUACAAGUGUGAUAAUUACAAGUCCUGGUUAUCCUUACGGCUACAAACAUAAUCUGAAUGUAACAUGGACAAUUCAUUCGGAACCACACUACCAUAUAGAAAUUGAGAUUCUAGACGUAGAUCUGUACCCCAUUCAUUCAUCUUCGGAUGUUUAUUAUAAAGAUUACUUUAACAUCGAAACAGUUGAUCCUGAUACUGCAAAUACGAUAUUUUUGAAGAAAGUGUAUAAAAACACAAAUCAAAUUAAUGAUAAAAAAAUAGUUGGUAAGAAUAAAGUUAAAAUAACUUUCAUUUCAAACAAGUCACUGAAUGGUACGGGAUUUAAAGUUCAAGCAAAAUUAAAAUGUGGAGGCGAAUUACGCGGACCAACAGGAGUAAUUAAUUUAUCUAAUUUUACUAGUCAACUCUUAGACUCACCGCACUCGUAUUUACUUCGUUGCUCUUGGAAUGUUACUGUACGUCCAGGAAGAACUAUUUCAGUUAAAUUUAUUACCAUGGAAUUGCUUUCAUGCGCAGACAGUUAUGUUUUGUUAAAAAAUGGUUUUUAUGAAGAUUCACCUCUCCUUGGCCAAGGUAAAUACUGUAACACUACUAAUAUAGAAACAUUAUCCACGACUGAUAAUAAACUACAAGUUGGAGUCAGUAUAAUGGUACAUGACAACGUCAAAAUAGCGUUUGAAGAAAAAUCAGUAAACUGUGGAGGACAAAUUUAUUUGAAUGAUAUAUACAACGUCACCCAAAUAACAUCUCCUUCAUACCCAAAUAUACCUCCAGCACACACAGAAUGUAUUUGGACGGUAGUAGCAACUGCUGGAGAACAAAUAUCUGUAACCAUAGAAGACUUAGUUUUGGAUCAAAUGUGUGAAAAGGAAUAUAUCGAAUUUAGAGAUGGUGCCGCUCGAUUUUCAAAAUUGAUAAAGCAUAUUUGUGGGAAUAAUCUAGUUCAAAAUAUUGAAACAACGGAGAACUUUUUGUACAUAAAGUAUUUCACGGAUUUAAGUGUACCAAACAAUGGUUUUAAAUUGAAUGUCACUAUAGCGAAAUGCGGUGGUAUUCGACGAUCGCUCCAAGGCGCAAUAUCGUCACCGAAGUAUCCUGGUUCAUACGAGUCGAACAUGGAUUGCGAAUACCGAAUUAUCGUCGACUUCAGACACCGUAUCGUAUUAAAUUUCGAUGUUGUGAGCUUGAAACGGCGGUAUCCCAGCAUUGGAGUAUUACCGGAUGUUUGGCACAACAACGAUACAUACGAUGACACGCUGUCCAUAUACGACAUAGACCCACUCAACAAUACCAGGGUAUUGUUAUUAACGAUUUUUGGUUCCAAUAUACCACCGAACCCCAUAAAAUCAUCCGGUCAGGAAUUGGUGAUUAAAUUCAAAUCACACUUUAGAAAUGGGCCUUUUUAUUCGAAAAAUACUGAUGCAAAGUUUUUAUUGACUUAUGAUACCGAGUACAAUAGUUGCGAUCAAAUUUACAAUGUUGAGAGUGGUGAAAUAAGUAGUCCUUGGUAUUCCAAUUUGAAUAGUAGACGGUUUUACUGUUCAUAUAAAAUAACCGUACCGAAAGGACGGAUGAUUACUGUUGAAAUUAUCAAAGGGAAAUCGAUCGUUCAAACUUGUGAUAGUUAUUUAUUAAUAGAAAAUGCCUUAAAAGAAAAAUUUGUGGUUUUCCAAGGUGACAAUACCUUUGGCACUUCAGUGUGCGUUGAUCCUGUUAUUAAUCCUUCAUCAAUGAACUAUAUUUAUGAAUCAACAUCGAAUCAAAUGGAACUUCACUAUGUUUAUAUAAGCGGUAGUCAAACAGGGUUUCAACUGAAAUUCUCGUCGAACAAACCUUCCAUUUGUGGAGGAGCAAUAGAUGCUAGUAUCAAUGGUAAAAUUGAAUUGCCCAUUAGAAAUAUUACCAACUUUUAUUGUCAAUGGGACUUGACUAACACGAAUGGAUCUAUCGUAAUAGAAGCAGAUUUCAAAAUUAACCAAACUAAAGUUACGUGUCCUUAUGAAUCUAUUUUAUUAGCUGCAAAUGAGGAUGAAAAUAUAAUGUUGAAAAGGUACUGUCCAACUUCAAAUACGAACGAUAAAUUUAUUAUUAUAAGUCCAUUACCAAUGACUAAACUUUUGUUAACCGCAGAAAAAAAAUCAGUUAAUUUCACAGCAAGUCUUAAUUAUUAUACUAAUAUGUGUGGUGGAGUACUACGUGGGCAGACAAUUACCAUUACAAGUCCAAAUUAUCCUAAUAACUAUAAGGAAAAUACAAACUGCGCUUGGUCAGUAGUACUUCCUGAGGGUGAAAAUGUUAUUAUUCGUUUCAAUGAUAUCGACCUUGAUUCGUCGUGCGAUAACAAUCAUGUGAUAAUACACGAUGGACCUAGUCCUGGAAGUCCUGUAUUGGGUAAAUACUGUGGUAACAUUUUGCCGCAGAAUUUAGUAGCUACUUCAAAUGAGCUAUGGAUAGUAUUUUCAUCUGAGACUGGAAAGAAUAACAGCAAAGGGUUCAAUAUAACUUUGGAAUCCACGCAGAGUGGAUGCGGAAAUACUUAUAUAAACGAAAAAGGUAGGAUAUCUACCAAAAACUAUCCAAACUUAUAUCCGAACAAUGAAGAAUGUGAGUGGACAAUAGGAGUAUUACCCAACAACAAGGUCAGCUUGCAAUUCGUUGAACGAUUUAAUCUGGAACAAAGUGUAAACUGUACUAAAGACUAUGUACAGGUUUUUGAUUUCGUCAAUGACAACUGGGAGCCACUAGGAAACCGACUGUGUGGUCGUCAAAUUCCUCCUACAUUCAAAUCGUCGGAAACAAAGCUUAAAGUUCGUAUAAGAACUGAUGGUGAUAUACAAGGUGAAGGUUUUAAGGCCGAGUGGAAGAGUUUUUGUGGUGGUAUUUUUACUAAAAAAUCUGGAAAAAUAUUUUCACCGAACUAUCCUGCAGAGUAUCCAAAGAAUGUGAAAUGCAACUUUACAAUUUUAUCACCGGGAGAAAAUAUAGAACUGACUUUUAAAUCAUUCGAUCUAGAAGGUUCCAAAUGCCGGUAUGACAAUCUAACAAUAUAUGACAAGAUAGGUACAUUUGAUGACCAAUCGAAACAUGUUAUUGGAACCUAUUGUGGAGAUCAUGCACCAAACACAUUUACGUUUGUGAAUAGUGUGAUGAUGAUAUUUAUGUCGGACAAUUCUGUGGGAAAAAAAGGAUUCGAAAUAAAUUACGAAUUUCAAGGGUGUGGAAGUGAAAUUACUACUCCGGGAACAAUUAAAUCCCCAAUUAGUUUUGAUAGAUUGUAUGGUGUUUUUGGAUAUCCACGUAAUUCAAAUUGCACGUGGAUUAUUCGAGCUCCGCCAGAACAAAUUGUACAGCUUGUUUUUACUAAAUUCCGCCUAGAAUCAGAUUAUGAUGACGAAGCUCCUGAAGAAGAAAGAUGCCCAGACGAUUAUGUCAACAUUUUUGACGAGUCUGAUUUAAAGACUAACAAUUAUCCAGGCCUUGGAAAAUUUUGUGGAGUUUUAGAUAACAGUCUACCAGAAAUUAAGUCUAAGACUAAUGUUAUGUAUGUUAAUUUUAUUACUGAUUCUUCAAUAAAUGACGAAGGUUUUGUUGGUGAAAUUUCAUUUACUUAUGGUGAAGCUAAAGGUUGUGGAGGUACAAUCAGGUUGAACAAAUCAAAUAUUAUAGCCGGGUAUACAAUAAAAGUACCAAAGAUAUCACCAAAAACGUAUUUGAAUUGUGGAUGGUUAAUACUAUUAGAGCAGUCAUACGUCGCACAGAUGCAAUUGGUCACUUACACAGAAACUCCAAAAUGCUCUUUAAACACAACAGACUGUAGAUGCAGUUCUUUGCAGUUUUUCGAUGGUCCUGGACCUAAGGCAUUAAAAAUCCGUCAAUAUUGCUCCGGAAAUGUCGAUUAUGCUCCAUUAUUAUCGUCUGGAAGUGAAGCUUUUAUUAAAUACUCAUACGUCGAAACGGACGUAGACGUUAAUUUUGAGAUAAAGAUAAUACCAGUGACAUCGGUUUGUGGUCCAACUUCACUGAUGGUAACUAAUGAAACACAAGUUUUAACGUCUCCAAACUACCCAUCUGCAUACGGAAAUAAUUUGAUCUGCAAUUGGUUUUUACAAUCGGAGCCACUCAACACAGUUAUUUCGUUACGAUUCACUGAUUUGGAUUUGGAAAAUACCACCGACUGUUCUUCUGAUUAUUUGGAAGUAUAUUACACACGGUGGGCGGAUACCCCAUAUUCCAAUACUAUACGAAUGUGUCACGAAAAUCAUACAUUUGAUAUUGUGGAUAAAAUAACGAAAGGUGUUAAGUUGAAACUUCAUACAGACGACAGAAAAACGUCAAAAGGUUUCAGACUAGAGUACAAAAGUACAAGUUGCCAAAAUACAUAUGACAAACCCGACGGACGUAUACUUUUUAGUGAAGAUGACACGGCGAGGGAAGAGGAGUGUGUAUUCACGAUAAGCGUAGGACAGUCAAAUUUAACUAUUUCUCUUUACAUUUCAUCGUUUCAUUUUUGGGGUCCGACUCUAUCUAAUUACCUCAAGGUGUACGACGGCCCGAGCGUUUUAUCGCCGUUAGUAACCACAUUGAACGACGUGAGUAUGAUUCCUGCUCCUAUAUUUUCGAAUGGUUCGACAUUAACGAUGGCGUAUAAAACGUAUCCUCGCCGAGGGUUGUUGGACAUGAGUUACACUUCCACGGAUCAAGGUAGAGGCUGCGGUGGUAAAUUGUUUAAUGUCAAAGGUACGGUGACAAGCCCAAUGUAUCCUAACUUAUACAGAGUGAGCUCCACGUGCCGAUGGGAUAUUGCGGUACCCAGACCGAAUUCAGUCAAGAUUUCAUUUAAAGUGUUUAAGCUCGGUACGAGAACGACAUGCGACACCGAUUAUUUAGAAAUGCACAACGUCGACCAGAUCACGGGGGUGUCGUCGUUUGUCGCUAAAUACUGUGGAGGAGAUACUCCGGCGGCGCACACCAGCCAAACGGGAGCAGUUUUCAUUCGUUACGUGACAACCGUUCACAACGCCGGCACUGGUUGGGUGUUACAUUUUGAAUUAAAUCAUAAUAAUCCUUAAAAUAAAUGUAAUGCGUAUAGAAUAUUAUUAUUAGCCUGAGAAUAAAAUAAAAUGUUAAUAAAGUCUUCUUAAGGU